UUGCCACGGCAACGGCGAAAGGGGUUCGGUAGCGUUGCUGCGCGGCAUGAGCCGAGCGCUGCCGAUUACUGACGGAGCGCCCGUACAUCUACAGGCGGACAGCGGGAGCUAACUGCACCGGGAAAGAGAACCGGCUUUCAUGAAUACCUCCUUGGUUUAAUGGGUCCAAUCAUUGGGAUGUCGCCAGAUAAGAAAGCCGAAUCCCCAGGUGCGUUGGAGGAUCGGGUGGGCCUGCGGGGGGGCUGUGGGACAGGCACGCUGCCCGAGGCGGAGUGCGCCUCCAGCCCUCUGGCCACCAGCCUGGACCGCGCACCCAGCACCGACGACGAGGAGCUCACCAACCUCAACUGGCUCCAUGAGAACCUUCUGCAGAACUUCACGCUCGGUGGGCCCGAGGCCCAGACCAGCACCGGCCCGCUCUUCGACAUUGAGGGUGACCGUGCUCGCUUAGCUGCCUCGUCCGGCUCAUCCGCGUCGUCUCAUGCGGGAGACAGGGACUCGCUAAAGUCCAAGCCCCCGUUUUCCUUCUCUCUGCUCAUCUACAUGGCCAUAGAGCAGUCACCCAGCAAGUCUCUGCCCGUGAAGGACAUCUAUGGCUGGAUCCUGGAGCACUUCCCCUACUUCUCGAGUGCUCCCACCGGCUGGAAGAACUCUGUGCGCCACAACCUGUCCCUCAAUAAGUGCUUCCGUAAGGUGGAGAAGAGCCUCGGAAAGGUAAACGGGAAGGGCUCGUUGUGGUGCGUGGACCCUGAGUACAGGCCUAAUCUCAUCCAGGCUCUGAAGAAGCAGCACUUUCCUGCACCGCAUGGCUUCUGUACGCCUCCCGCCUCCCCACCUAGUGCCUUCUCGCCUUCCCGUAACCUCUUUCUUCAGGGCUGCUCUCUCAAAGAAUCUGACAUCGACGCUGCCACUGCUAUGAUGCUCUUAAACUCCGCCCCUGGUCACCACGCCGGCCCGUGUGACCCAGAUGGCCCCAUGGAUCUGUCUCGGCCCGACUCGGUCCUGGUGAGCAGCGACCCCAAGCAGGACCACAACUACAGCAGCUCCUCCUUUCAUUGCUGCUCCUCUCGUUCUUCCUCCUCCUCCUCCUCCUCCUCUUCUUCCUCUCCCUCGCUCUCCUCUCUAGAAGAGGGUGCCGGUGGCGGUGGUGACUCAGCUCAGGUCCGGCGGGCAGGCAGUGAGGGCUUCCACAGCGACGAGGACUCGGAGGAAGAGCAUAGCCCUCGGCGACCCAUGCCGAGUCCCCGCCGCCCGACCGCCCCUCCCUGCAAGAGGGCGCGGUGUGAGGCCAGGCCCGAGCUGGACGAGGAGCUGAAGGAGGCGGCCGGGUCCCUCCUGCACCUGGCCGGCAUCCGCUCCUGCCUGGACCUGUCAAAGCGCGCCGCCGCGACCGCCAAGAGCAAAAAAACAGAAAAGCUUCGGAAAUGAGGCAGACUCUGCGCUCCGCUCACCCAUUCUCCCUACCCCUGGACUGUGUUGCGGUGACCGUGCCUCUUCCUUUUCUCUUUUCCUGAUCAAUGACUCUUCAUUAUUUUUCCCUCUUUUGUAUUGCACCCAUUGUUUUUGGUUUAAGAUAAUCUCCCCCGUCCCUCCAGCUCAUGCUACGGCAAUAGUACCAUUCACGCAGGAGAACUAAGCCAUACGAAGCCUUUUGUGUGAGGACAGACACGCGAGAUUUUCAUACCUGUCCUAAAAGUAGGUGUGUGUUCCCAGGAAGUCAAACAUGGCGCUCCUUCCUGAAAGUCAAGGAUCAAGCUUCUCCGAAUGGAAGGGUUUUCUUUUCUUUUUUUUUUCUUCAGUGUAACUUCUUUGCAUGCUUCCUUUUCAAAUCAGUGUCCUCCUUUUUCCAAGUGAACCUGUGGUGUUGAUAGAGAGAAUGAGUGCAUGUCUAAAACAUACAUGGAACUAACCACUCCUUUGUCUUACUUUUGAAUUACUAAGCACUAGAAGAAAAGGAAAAACUCCAAAAACAUUUUUUAGUAGACCUCAGCCCAAGUGUCCUCUGUCUUCUUCUGUCCUACAAAGAGAGAUGCAAUAAUUAUCUUAAGACUUCAUUCCUGUUGGCGCUGUUCAAUUUCGUCGUUCAGAUCCGAGGAUGUUCUGCUUUGGUUCCUAUGCCAGUGUGCCAGUGUUUUAGGAAUCAGUGCUGUAAAUCGAUGGUGGCUUUUUUGAGAUUCCUUCUUGGCUUUAAAGCUCGUCUCUGAUCAGUUUUUCUUCAUCUUAGACAUCAAGAAGACAUUGAAGUAGACAUGGAGUUCCAGUUAAAAUUGGGAAACUGGUUUAAUAUAGAGCUUGUUACCUUAAAGGGGAAUUCCGCCCCAAAAAUGAAAGAUUUCUGCAUCGAGAUGUAAACUAGGUUGUGAUGAGAGGAACCAGGGGUCGCCAUUACUACAGCACAAAUAUAGACUUUUUAUUUGCCAUCCAGAACCACCAGAGAACCUACAUGUGUCUUCUGAGUUUAUAUGGAAUGUUGAUGAUGGAAAAUAGUGGAAAAUCUGGAAUAAUAAGUUUUCUUUGGGGACUAUUUUGCCUCAUAUCGCCCUGCAUGUAUCACCCAACCAUUUAAAAAUCCGUUUUACACUCAGAAUCAGAAUGAAAACUACUCUAAAACUCUACUACUACUCUUAAAAGUGUCUCCCACAUCAGGCAGUGUAUUCAUAACCAUUUCAGGUGGACAUCUGGUUCCUAUCACCACCACUGUGAACAGUUCUGACUCAGUAAGUUUCUCUAGAGCAGAGCAUUUCACACUUUCACACCACUCUGUUUACAUCCUAACCACUUAAUCAUGCAGGAAUUUUGAAAAAUUGUUGGAGUUCCCAUUUUAAAGGGAAGAAUUCCACAUUAUGGUCACGUGAACCUGCCUCUUUCUCUCCCACUGGUGUUUUCUCUGCCUGUUCUUUGUCAGUGUUUUGUGCGCAAACUGAAACUGAUCUCAGCAGCAAUUUCUUUUUCCUGUCUGUUUACAACCUAUGCAAAAAACGGCAGCCGUGGUAGCUCUGUUUAAACGUCUGUAUAUAUUUGUGUGAGCGUGUUUGUGUACCGUGCGCAUGACUGCACGUCCCAACCCUCGGAUCUCUUGCAUCCGAAUCCAGUUGAGCUUCGGAUUAUUGACGUUUGUGAGGCAGAAAGAAAGCAGAUCAGACGCAUGAUCUCCUCCCUUAGGCACAGUAGAGUUCUGUUAUCAGAGACAAAUCCAUAUUGAUUUUUUAGGGGGUCCUGUUUGUAGCGCUUAUCAUUGUUUCUGUCUCUCGCUGUAAGCGUAGAGGUGGGCAAUAUGAUGAUAUUUAUCAUUAUCAAGUAUAAUGUGGACAUCAUCAGUACUUGAUGAUGGGUGUUAACGAGAGCAUAAUUAGUCCUGUUUAAUUGGACUUGGGGCAAAACUUUGAAUAUCAUUAAUUAUACGUGGCACUACUGGUUCAAUAUAAGGCUUCCAAUCAAAACAGAGCUCAUUUGCAUGUGUCAAUUUUAAAACCCCAGUAGCAAAACAGCCUGUUUAAUCAUUGGUAAUCAUUUGGUACACUGGAUUUAGUGCAGCGCUGAAUGUGAAAUCCUUGUUUUUCGUAGUUUCUUUACUUUUUUUUGGCACUUCGAUUUCUUUUUCAUCUUUUCCAACUUUUCAAACCUCUUCUGAAAAUGUAUUGAAGUAUCAUAUGAUAUUGCAUUUUGCCAUGUUGCCUAUCUCUAUUUAAGGGUGCAUCAACGCCUAAAAGAGGAGCCAGUUUGAUGAUGGUUGUUGUUUAGUUUUCUCUGUUGUCUGUGAUUCAGCUCAGCUGAAACGUAAACAUUAUUGGGGCAGGAUUACAUGUUAAGGUGGGGUAAUGUAAUCAUUACUGAUAUGUCACAGUGAGUUUAGUUGUUUAAAUUCGCCAUGUCAGUCAUGCUUGUGCCUCAGUAAAGAUUAACCUCGAAACAAACCAUAAAAGUUUUCAUCAGAUUAUAGUAAUCAGAUUAUAGUAAUACCAUGCUUAUAAAAUGAACUGUAGACCCUAAACUAACCCUAUAUAAUUUAACGCUAAAUUAUAUUAAUCCCACACUAUAAAACAAACCUUAGAAAUAAUCCCAGGAUUUAUUGAUCCCUUGCUAUACAAUUGCCUGUAGUAAUAACCUCAGAUUUAAUUAACCCAGUGGUAUAAAUUAACCGUAGAAAUAACACCAGGUUAUGUUAAUCCCAUGCUAUAAAUUGAACCUUAGAAAUGCUUAUAUUAAUCCUGUGAUAUAAAACAACCUGUAUAAAUAACCCUAGGUUACAACCCAGUCCUGUGCUGUAAAGUGAACCACAGAAAUAUAUCCAGAUUAUAUUGACCCCAGGCUCUAAAUUAACCAUAGAGAUAACACCAGAUUGUAUUAAUCCCACGCUAUAAAAUUAAUCUUAGAAGUAAUCUAAAGAAGUAAUAAAACAAACAGCAGAAAUAUUCCCUGGUUAUAUUAAACUUGUGCUUUAAAUUAAAUGUAGGAAUAAUACCAAAUUAUGUUAAUCCCAAACUGUAAAACAAACCAUUGAAAUAAUUGGUUUAUAUAAAAUAGAGAUUGGAUUAAUCCAGUGCUGUAAAGCAAACCUUAGAAUUACUCCCAGGUUAUGUUAAUCCCAUGCUAUAAAUUAAAAAUAGAAGUAAUACCAGGUUUUAUUAAGCCCAUGCUGUAAAACAAACCAUUGAAAUAAUCCCAGAUUAUAUUAUCCGGUACUGCAGAUCAAACCUUAGAAAUAAUCCCAAAUUAUAUUAAUCCCAUGCUAUAAAUUAAAAAUAGAAAUAACAUCAAGUCAGAUUAAUCCCAUGAUAUAAAACAAACCAUUGAAAUAAUUCAAGAUUAUAUUAAUCCAGUGCUGUAAAGCAAACCUUAGAAAUACUCCCAGGUUAUAUUAAUCCCAUGCUAUAAAUUAAAAAUAGAAAUAAUACCAGGUUUUAUUAAUGGUUACCCCACGUUACCCCACUUUACCAUAUAAAAAGAAGUCCUGCCAGGAAGAUAACGCAGAGGGGGCUCAGUGUCUGGGUGUGAGGUCAUAUUUUACUGAUCCGUUGCUGCAGUAAUUGUAAAGCCUGAGGCCAGCUUGAUUGAAAUGCAUGACCUGUGCCAAAAACGGUUUAAUCACUGCCACAAAUAAAGCCUAUUGAGUUAAUGCUGGAUUCCUCCCAAUAUUGGCAGAAAUGACAGGCUUAUUUUUCCUUGCCAUGAACGUCAGGCUACUUUGAGGCUUCUUCAGCAGCGCAGAGCCCAGUACAAGUGAUAAAAGGUUCUUGUUCCGAGUGUUCUAUCGCUGGUGCCCUGCCUUCUGAUUACUGCCAAGGCCUUUACUGCCCUCUCUGCUCAGUAAGUGUGACAGACAAUGACUGGACGUGAUCUCUUACCGAGAGUGCAUGUCUGGGGACCAGCACUGAAUAAUUUUCACAGUUGCAGUUGUUUUUGAGCGAUGUUAUGCGAGUAUUUUCUAUAAAUUUAUAUUUCUAUAAGUUUUUUAUUAUUUGCUUAAUCUACUGUGCCAGAUUUUGAACAAUGUAGGAUGAUUUUAAAAUUUCAACACUUGCAAUUUAAAAAAUUAAACUUCUUCAAAUUGCAAUAUGACAGCGAUUAAUCGUUCAGCCCUACCUGGUGCUGGACUCUGGUGUUAACAGGGGUCUGGACUGUGGUGUUAACAGGUAUACGCCCCCACUAAACCCCGUCCCCAAACUCCUCUAAUCCUCUUUAAUGUCCAGAGUACAAUCAAUAAAACAAGUAGAACAAGCUAGCUAGUGAAAUGUUAUCAUUAACUAACAGAGCUGUUCUCUGUGGAAGUCCAGAGGCCAUGAGCUGUGGCUGUCGUAUUCUGGAUUCUUAUCUUGAGAGCACAACUUAAUUGCCUCGUGAUCUCAAGAUAACAAAUUUUAUCUUAAGAUCAGAAGAUACUUAAGUGAUGAUCUUAGAAUGUUUGUUAUCUCGAGAUCAUAAUUAAGUCAUGAUCUUGACAUAACUUUGCAAUCUUGAGAUCACAAGAUUAGUUAUCUCAAGAUAAUGAUUCAGAAAAUUGUAACCACCUCAAGGCCAAUCUGAAAAUGUAAUGUUCAUUUUUUUUUUUACAUAAGUGGAGUGUUUUGGGAGGCUUUUAAGCUACUUACGGUACACCCAUGUGCCAACGCAAGGUUUGUCGAGGAGCUCAGCAGCGCCCCCUACUGUGAGCUCCACCUUUACAAGUUAUUGGAUUGGUUUAGAAAUGUCACCCAUUUGUUCCCACUCUAAUAAGACUAUGCUCUCCCACAUUUAGCCUAGAACAUGUGAGUUGCUUCCAGGCAUCCUCCUUACGAGAUGAGAUCAUGCGAGACUGUUAAAAUCAUGCCAGACUAAAUGUUCACCCCGAUGACUUUAAUGUAAGUUAAUUGUCAUUUAUGUUUUAAUGGACUGCCAACAUGGGCUGAACGAUUUGGGGAAAGUAGCUAAUUGCAAUUUUCUGACUAAUAAUGCAGUAGUUUUCUAUAAAUUGAAGGGGAAUUCGAAUAUAAUUCCCCGAGAUGUAAACUGUGAUUCAGAGUGGUUUGGUGUGAAAUGGUAGAUUGUAGAGACUCUGACUCAUGGCAGUGAAUCUCCAUGAGUCUUCUGAGUUUAUAUGGAAUGUUGACGAUGGGAAAUAAUGGAAAUUCUGGAAUAAUAAGUUCUCUUUGGGGACUAUUUUGCCACAUAGCGCCCUGCAUAUUAUGUAUCACUCUGUUGUCAUAAAACAGUGUCUCAGUCAUCAGGCAUUUCAUGUAGGAACUUUCUGUGAGGGAGCUAUUAGAGGUGGACAUCUGGUUCCUAUCACCACCACUGUGAGCAGUUCUGACUCAGUAAGUUUCUGUGGAACUGACCGUUUCACACCAAACCACUCCGUAUGACUGUUUACAUCUUAGCCACGUAAUCAUGUAGGAAUUUGGAAAAAUGGAUGGAAUUCCUCUUUAAGAUCCAGGCCUUUCCCCCACUUCAGAAGAUCAGCAUAUUGAUUAUAAUGUGUCAGACUGUCACUGUUUACACUGUUAAAUUAGGUUAAAUUUACGCACUUAAAACCUAAGAUAGCAUUAAAUAAUAUUGAAUAUUAUAAAAAUUACAGGUCUUGUGAUUUAAAAAGUGCACUCUUUCGUAUCACGAUUUCGAUAUAGCAAGUUGAUUAAUUGCUCAGCCCUACUGCCUACAGCAUAGGAGGCAGAAGGUAGAUGUUUCUGUUCCUUGUUUUGAAGUGCCAGAUGUUUUGAUGGUGUAUUUUUGAUUCAGAUGUGCGAACAAACGUCCAGAAACAGCCAGAUUUCCUGUGAGGGUCUCUGCGAGGGUCUUCGCUCCUGUUUAGUGAUACGACAGCGUGUUGGCCUGGAGUGCUAAAUAAUGUGACUACACUGAACACACUGCCCCACUCUGUCCUCAGCACUGCGUUGGUGUUGUUUUCCUCUCACAGCUGUGGAAGCGCUCGGAGUUUCCUUCCCUUUUCACCAUGUUUAUAAGCACACGGCUUCACGAUGAUGGCGCUGUGUGGCGUUUUGAUCGGUAUUGCCCUUGUUUCGCUGACUCAAGCUGCCAGCUCAGUAUCAGAUUGUUACUGUCUCUCCUGUCUGUCAGACAGACACCACCCUCCUUGUUUUUGUACGCUAAUCUCUGUUCAGAAAAUGUUUAUAAAGUUUAUUUUCGCCAAAGAUAUGCAAUUGCAUUAUAUAUGGUAUUACUGAAUAAAAUAUGUGCUUGUUUUAAA